AUGUUUGAUAUUUCCCAUAUUAAACACCAAGCAGAGUGGAAAUGCUCUAAGAUAUUUCGACCAUGGGACUGUUCUGAAAAUUCCCAAGAAUCCAAAACCAGUACUAACUCAUCGCAUCAAGCAUCGGAAGAAUAUAAAAUUAAAAAUGAAACCACAAAACAAGAAGAAAACAGCAAAUGCAGUGAUAUUCAACAAAUAAGUGCCCAACAAAUAAGUGAUCAACAAAUAUCUAGUGAUAAAAUAGGAUUGCAAGUUCACCCCAGUAGCAUACCAGAUUUAAAUAUACCAUUUUCGAUUCAUUCAGAUCAUUAUACAUCAAAUAUUGCUCAAUAUCUGGGAUUAUCCCAAGGUGACAGUUUAUUUUUGGAAUCGCUUUCAAACGGAUACGCAUUAGAAGAGUAUGCAAGAAUAGUAAACCAAGAACAUCAAUCAAAAAUAAUUCAGUCCAGAAAGCAACGGCCAAAGAAAUAUAAAUGCCCUCAUUGCGAUGUUGGAUUUUCAAAUAACGGACAGCUAAAGGGACACAUAAGAAUCCAUACAGGAGAAAGGCCUUUUAAAUGCGAGGAGGAAAAUUGUGGAAAAACAUUUACUAGAAAUGAGGAAUUAACCAGGCAUAAAAGAAUACACAGUGGAUUGAGGCCAUUUUCUUGCACACAAUGUGGUAAAAGAUUUGGUAGAAAAGAUCAUUUAAAAAAACAUUUAAAGACGCAUUAUCCAACUCGAGGAAUGUAUGCAGUUCCUGUAAUGUUACCGUACGAAGCCUGGUCAACUUCUAAUUUUCCUUAUAUGAAUUUAAUGUAUUAA